AUGGUUCCCAGACAAGCGGACUCCGAACACCCGCCCCGCACGCCCGCGUCCAGCGCAGGAGGGGCAGAAAGCCUGCGCGGCGCCCUCCCAGCCCCGAGGAAAACCAAAGAUGAAAUAAUGUUCCCAGAGCCACAGAGUUCGGGAGGAGCGCAGAAGCGGCCGGCCCCUGGCAGCAGCCGCGGGCACCUGGCUCUCAAGAAGCGCAGCAGCGGGCGCGGCGGUGGUGAGGGCGCUCUGCAGCGGCUGUGGCUGGCCAUAGAGGGGUUCAUGCGGGUCACCGCCAGGGGCGAGGCCUGGGACCACGAGGUGCGCGCCGCCGGGGGGUGCUCCAGGCCCGGUAGCAGGAAGAGCCACAAGGAGCUGCGGAGGGAGAAGCAGCACCUGAGGAAAGGGCGGCGCCUGCAGAGAACCGCAGGCCCCGCGGUCCUUCGGCAAGAGGGCAGCGCGCGGGAGUCCGCGCGGCCCCCGACCAAGGCCACGCCGCCCCCGGGCAAGGCUCCGGCUCGCCCGGGGAAGAGGAGCCCCGCCGCCGCCCAGAAGCGGGCGCUUCUUGCGGCCAACAAGGAGAAGGACCAGGAGAUCCGGAAGCUGGAGCGGUGCCUUGGGCUGAACAAGCGCAGGAAGAAGGACGAGGGCAGCGCCGUGCAGCUGGACUUCGCGCGCGACGGGCUGGACUACAUCCUGGGAGUGCUGGGGUCCCGGGGCAGUGGCGAGGAGGAGGACGACGCGAGCGCGCUGCUCCUGGAAAGUGACCUGGAGAACGACUUGGAGCCCCAAAGUGAGGAGGAGGAUGUGGAGGACGCAGCACAGCAGGAGCAGGACCAGGACGUCGGACCUGGAAGCGGCUAAGAGCUGGAAGGCGGGGCGCGGGAGAGUGCGGGGAGAGAGUCCGUUUUGCAGAAGACAAAGAGUGAGAGCUCCUCGGAGGACAGCGACAGGACCCUGCAGGAGAGCUGUGAAAAUGGUGAAAAGUCCAUCCCACUUCGCCUUCGGCAAGGCCAGGAGAUGGUGGACAUGCACAAAAAGGAAGAGUUAGAAAGGUUGAAGAAACACGUCAAAGUCCUAAUUAACACGUUGAGUGAGCCAAACAUGGCAUUUAUAAGUGGGCAACUGGAGGAGCUGUACCUGGCCCACAGUAGGAAGGACAUGAAUGACACACUGACCACUGCCCUCAUGGGUGCCUGUGUCACUGCCUCGGCCAUGUUCAGCAGACUGAUGAUGGAGCACGUCCUCUUGGUCAGCAUCCUUCACCACACUGUCGGAAUCGAGGUUGGUGCUUGCUUUCUGGAGGCUGUGGUGACCCCAGACCAGGUGUCAGACAUGGGUAGCUCAGGCAGGAAUUUCAUAAUCCAGUGGUUCCAGGAAAUGGAGUGGAACCCACAGGGACCACCAGAGAGAGGACAGGUGUUGGCAGGUAAAGGAGUCUCAGGUCUCCUGCUCUCUAGUCUGGGGCAGCCUCCUCAGGCUCCUUUACUGGAGUUCCCAGGCUCUUGUUUCUGGUCUGUUCUGAAACUGGGAGUACUAGACAGUGGGAAAUCCAAGAUCAAGUUACCAGGAGAUUUGGUGUCUGAUGAGAAUCCUAUUCUUGAUGCAAAGGUGGAGCACAGCCAGCCAGGAAAAUCGCGAAGUGCUCCAGGAGCGUCAUUCUUGGCUGCACACGGAUGCCGUCGAACUACAGAGCGCAUGCGCGAAAACCACAAGGGCUUUCCAUUUAGUGUGUGCGGGACCUGUGACGCGCCUGCCUCCAGAAAGCGCGGAGUGCUGUAUCUUCCCCGCCAAACGCCUCCGGACCCGACCUGGACUGGCCUCCUGGAGCGCCUCCUCCCACACCUGAGGCAGCUGCCCUGA